GCCACGUCUACUUCUUGAGCCACGUGUCAUCAUGAUAGUGCCAUGCUGGCAGGAAAUAGAGUUGGCGGUCGACCGUGAGUCUCGGGUUGACAAUCGGACGGACAAACAUCCACUAUACAUCUCCAGCCUGGCAGAUUUCGAAGCCCCAAACCUUCCAUUUUCUGAGCUAACCCACAACGGCACAACGUUUUCUUCUCGAAAUUACACAUUUUCUGUCUCCUCAAACAUCCCUUUUUUUUGUCCUGUUUCCUUGUUUCUUGGAGUUGUCUCCUUCAUUGCAAAUAGUCUUACGUUUGAAGGAAUUAAGCUAAAGCUUCAGAUUCUUCCCGACGGGGAAAAACCAUGUUGCAGGACGUCAUUCAUCCACCGGAGCAGCUCCCCAUUGUAACGAAACCCUCCUAAAUCCUUACAUUUAUAUUUUCCCAUGUUUUUCCAUGCAUGUUUUGGUUCAUAAUGAAUCAUCAUGUCCUGUUUCAUAACCAGUUGCAUAUAAUCUGCACAUUCUGUUUCAAUCAUGGAAAACCUAUGAACAAAUUAAUGAGCCUCUAUGGAGAAUUCUUGUUCUUAAAUGGUUACGUGCAUUUUGUGUCUAUCAGUUUAUGACAAAAUGCUAUAGUAACGCAGGGAGUUCUGUUUAUGUUUAUUUUGUGUUUCUUUCUUCUUAAUGUUUGUUUGUAUAGAUUUCCACUUUUUCACUCUGGCCAUGUCAUUUUCUGUUCAAUCUCUUUCUACCGUCCUGAUUUCUCUUGUUUGGUUUUUUCAUAAUCCUCUGUUAUAUUGGAUAUAAGGUACAAUAUCAUACUUAGAAAUGUCCCGUAUCCAUGAGGCAUCAAAAUGGUACUGUGUUAUUCUUAGGCUUGCUUGACUUGGAAGAUAUGAAUGUUUCCCUUACACUCUUUUGUACUGUGUUAUUCUAAUGUUCUUUCGGUUGACUGCAAGGCGGGGAUAACAAAACAGUAUCGUUAGU